AUUUACUAGUCUGAAAAACUAAAUUAUAUCGUUUGAGUUUUCUACCGACAUAUAUUUUGUGCAAAAAUGACUGCGAAUAACGUUAAAGUAGCCACUUCUGACCGUAUUGUAAAAAGUCUCCCUUUUCCGCCCAGUAAUAAGUUGACUGCUAGCGAAGUUUAUGACCCUAAAACAGGAAAACCCCGCAUAGAUGUACUAAAACAACAUUUCGUUUUGGAAGGCAGAUUAGAUGAAUCUUGUGCAUUAAAAAUUAUCAACGAGGGUGCAGCCCUUCUGCGAUCUGAGAAAACAAUGAUAGACAUUGAAGCUCCUGUAACAGUUUGUGGUGAUAUACAUGGUCAAUUUUUUGACCUGAUGAAGCUUUUUGAAGUUGGUGGUCCCCCAGCUACUACAAAGUAUUUAUUUUUGGGUGACUAUGUCGAUCGAGGAUACUUCAGCAUUGAGUGUGUUCUUUACCUAUGGUCCCUGAAACUGAAUUUCCCGACAACGGUAUUUCUUCUAAGAGGAAACCAUGAAUGUCGGCAUUUAACGGAGUACUUCACCUUUAAAACAGAAUGUAAAAUAAAAUAUUCCGAACGCAUCUACGAUGCUUGUAUGGAUGCCUUUGACUGCUUGCCGUUGUCUGCUUUAAUGAAUCAACAAUUUCUUUGUGUGCAUGGGGGACUUUCACCUGAAGUGCAUAAUUUGGAUGACAUUAGAAAGUUGGAUAGAUUCAAAGAACCCCCUGCAUUCGGACCAAUGUGCGAUUUACUAUGGUCAGACCCACUGGAAGACUUUGGCAAUGAAAAGCACAGUGAACACUACAGCCAUAAUAGUGUUAGAGGUUGUUCUUACUUUUACAGUUAUGCUGCAUGUUGUGAAUUUUUACAGCAUAAUAAUUUAUUGUCAGUCAUACGAGCACAUGAAGCUCAAGAUGCUGGCUACAGAAUGUAUAGGAAGAGUCAAACUACUGGUUUUCCAUCUCUCAUUACUAUAUUUUCCGCACCAAAUUAUUUGGAUGUUUACAAUAAUAAAGCUGCUGUUCUCAAGUAUGAGAACAAUGUAAUGAACAUUCGACAGUUUAACUGUUCUCCUCAUCCCUACUGGUUGCCAAAUUUUAUGGAUGUUUUCACUUGGUCCUUGCCUUUUGUUGGAGAGAAAGUUACUGAGAUGUUGCUAAAUGUGCUCAAUAUUUGUUCUGAUGAUGAACUAAUGUCUGAAGGUGAUGACACAUUUGAAGAUGGUGCAGGAAGUGCUAGGAAAGAAGUCAUAAGAAAUAAAAUUCGAGCUAUUGGAAAAAUGGCCCGUGUUUUUUCAGUUUUGAGGGAAGAAAGCGAAAGUGUUCUUCAAUUAAAAGGCCUCACUCCAUCUGGAACAUUGCCUCGUGGUGCUCUUUCUGGUGGAAGUUCUUCUCUUCAAAAUGCUUUAGCUGGUUUUUCACCUACUCAUAAAAUCUCAAGCUUUGCGGAAGCAAAAGGUUUAGACAAAAUUAACGAGCGCAUGCCGCCUCGAAAAGACUCUUCUCCUGGUGAGGAUGGCAGCUUUUCGUCUAGCCGCUCUUCCACUGCGCCCAACAAGUCGUGAAGUACUCUUGAUCCACGAGUCCCAUUGCAGUUGCAUUGUUUGUGAAGUGUGUGUGUGAUUCUUCGGGUCUGCCAUUGCCUAUAUGCCGCCCACCUUGUUGAGAGCCCACAAUCUUUCAGAACUUUUUUUUUUAUUAUUAAAAAUCCUGCUGUUGUCAUUUUCAGAAUUAAUAUGCAUUUCAUACAUUUUUUUACAGCAUUUGACGAGGAAAGUAUUCUUGGAGGUGGAAAAUCAUAUUUGACUAAUUUUUUUUUAAUCUAUCAAAUUUUUAUUUCUGAUGUGAAAAAUAUAU